AUGGAGAGGUACGCGAUUCGCACCCUUUACGCAACGCGGGUGUGCCACAAACCCGGCGAUGCUCUGCUGGACGCGGCCUACCGCACACGCCACUACAACCGUGUGUUGUCGGUGGCUGUGGACCCGCAAGCUGACGAUUCGUACUGGCAUGAGGAGUUGAAACGGCGGGCACGCGUGCUCUUUCUGCAUAUGCGUCCCAUCUCUCAUAGGACCGUGCACUUCAUCAAACACAGCAGUGUGGUGAGCGUGAAGAUCGCUCGCAGCCUCAGCGAGUUUUCCAACAUCCCACCCAACUGGGUCCAACCGCUGCGGGAGUCGCGGGACCAAGUUUGGGCCACGGCGGACUUCUUCGCCCCGAUCUACCGCCGCAACGGCAUCGAUCCGGCGAAGGUACGCGUCGUGCCGGAGGCGGUGGACGUGUACGACUUCGACCCGGCAAACUACGAGCGUAAGCCCAUCACAAUCCCUCCAGGCGACACGGCCAGUUUCGACAGCCUGCCAGAUCUGACGCCGAAGGAGCGGCUGCGGCGCUACGUGUUCUUCUCGAACUUCAAGUGGGAGGCUCGGAAGGGGUGGGAUGUGCUGCUCGGUGCGUACUGGGACGCCUUUGGCCCGCACGCCCCAUCGGAGCUGCGCGGCCGCACGACGCUGGUGAUCAAAGUGCGGUUUAAGCCGUACUUUACGCAGGGUGUGACGUGCUCCAAUUUCAUGCGUUUUCUUGCGUCGUGGGGAAUGAUGGGCAAUCUGCACGGCAUGCGGGGGGUCGAGGACUUCCCUCAUGUUGUGGUGCUAUGCCCUCCGAUGAGCGGCGUGAAACUGACACAGCUGUACGCGAGUGCGGACGCCUUCGUGUUCCCGUCAAAGGCGGAGGGCUGGGGGCUGCCGGCGGCGGAGGCGAUGUCGAUGGGGCUGCCGGUGCUGCUCACGGAGUGGAGUGGGCUGCGCGGCUUCAUCACACCGGACACGUGCUUCCGCAUCCCGCUGGACGGGCUGGAGGAGAUCACACCCAAUAUGCCGUAUUUGUACGAGGAAGGGGUGAAGAUGGCUUUGCCAAGCCGCGAGAAGACGGCGGAGCUGAUGCGGUAUGUGCUGCAACACCCGGAGCACGCGCGGCGUGUGGGGCAGCGGGCACGUGCGCUGAUGAUGCGUGAGAUGAGCGAGGAGGCGGUGGCGGAUACGAUGGACAGUCUUUUCAUUGAAACCGUGACCAAGCGCCUCAAACGGCUGUAG